AUGAGAAAUUGCAAAAUGGUCCGGGUGGCUAGUGUGCUGGGGCUGGUGAUGCUCAGCGUGGCUCUGCUGAUCUUAUCCCUCAUCAGCUACGUGUCCCUGAAAAAGGACAAUAUCUUCACCACUCCCAGAUAUGCCAGCUCGGGGGUGCCCAGAAUGUACAUGUUCCAUGCUGGAUUCAGGUCCCAGUUUGCACUGAAGUUUCUGGACCCUUCAUUUGUACCAAUUACAAAUUCUUUGACACACGAGCUGCAGGAAAAGCCUUCCAAAUGGACGUUUAAUAGAACAGCAUUCUUACAUCAAAGGCAAGGAAUUCUCCAGCAUGUUGAUGUAAUAAAAAAUUUUUCUUUGACCAAGAAUAGUGUUCGGAUUGGACAGCUGAUGCAUUAUGAUUAUUCCAGCCAUAAGUAUGUUUUCUCUAUUAGCAAUAACUUCAGAUCACUGCUUCCAGAUGUCUCACCUGUCUUGAAUAAGCAUUAUAACAUUUGUGCUGUUGUUGGAAAUAGUGGAAUCCUUACAGGGAGUCAGUGUGGACAAGAAAUAGAUAAGUCUGAUUUUGUUUUUCGUUGCAACUUUGCUCCAACUGAGGCUUUCCAAAAAGAUGUUGGAAGGAAAACCAACCUUACAACCUUCAAUCCCAGCAUCCUGGAAAAGUAUUACAACAAUCUUUUGACCAUUCAGGAUCGCAAUAACUUUUUUCUAAGUUUAAAAAAGCUUGAUGGGGCCAUUCUUUGGAUCCCAGCUUUUUUCUUCCACACUUCAGCAACUGUUACAAGAACAUUGGUUGACUUCUUUGUUGAGCAUAGAGGGCAAUUAAAGGUCCAGCUGGCUUGGCCAGGAAAUAUAAUGCAGCAUGUCAACAGGUACUGGAAAAAUAAACAUUUGUCACCCAAGCGACUGAGCACAGGUAUUCUUAUGUAUACUCUUGCUUCUGCAAUAUGUGAAGAGAUCCACUUGUAUGGGUUUUGGCCAUUUGGAUUUGAUCCUAACACCAGGGAAGACCUCCCAUACCAUUACUACGAUAAAAAAGGAACAAAGUUCACUACCAAGUGGCAGGAGUCCCACCAGCUGCCUGCAGAAUUCCAGCUGCUCUACAAAAUGCAUGGUGAAGGACUAACUAAACUGACUUUGUCACAUUGUGCCUAA